AUGUCCGACGACAAUACCAGUGACAAGCAGGAGACCUCCACUGUGGAGAUGCUGCGCCGUAUGCAGACUGCGGAUAGUGUUUUGCUUCCUAUCCCGCGAGACGCGUUUGAAAAACUGUAUCUCAGUCCCAAGCUGCCGACGGCGGGGAACCUGCGCCGAACAUUUGGUAACCCGACACCGAUCUCCUUAAUGGGUUUCUUGCUUGCUGCAACACCAGGCGCGAUGCAGACUAUGGGAUGGCGAGGCUCGGGCGGUAAUGGGGGUGCUAUCUUGCCCGUGUUCAUCUUUUUUGGCGGAAUGGUCCAAAUUUUCGGUGGAAUUGGCGAAUGGAUCAUUGGAAACACGUUCUCCUGUGCGCUCUUCUUCACAUACGGCACCUUCUGGAUUGUCCAAGGCACAACGCAAAUGCCAUUCUUUGGUGUAGGCACCAACUACUCCUCUACUGGUAAUACACUUGAAGGGGCUCAAACACCUGAGUUUGAUGCCACUAUUGGCCUUUACUAUGUCAUUCUAGCCCUUCUCACCUUCGUCUACUUGAUCUGUUCAAUCCGCACGAACGUCUGCCUUUUCCUCGCCUUGUUCCUCCUUGUUAUCACGUUUUCUUUAACUGCAGCCACAUAUUUCCAAAUGGCUUUGGAGAACACAGCUGCUGCGGCUAAAUUGCAAAUGACUGCCGGUGCCUUUAAUUUCGCACUUUGUAUACCUAUCUGGCAUAUUUUCAUUGCGCAGAUUUUGGAGGCCGUGGAUUUCCCAUUUGCACUCCCAGUGGGUGAUUUGAGUACUAUUAUCUUGGGAAGGACGCAGCGUGCUCGGAAGAAGGAAGCAGAGACUUGA